GCAAUGAAAUGGCGUGUGAGGAAAUGGUGCAAACGAACUAAAUUCAUCUUUUAACCUUUGAUCCAUACAUCAUCGUCGCUUUCAAUUUAUACUCUACCUUGAUACCAACUCUACUCUCUCCUCGACAGCAACUAGGGGUACACGGGUGAUAUAAGCGCAAAAUAGAUCCCACAACAUCCAUUUUCAAUGGCUUCUAUAAUCCGCCCGGCGCUGCUCCGGCAGUCCGUCUUGGCCACAUCAACCCGACGAGCUGCAACCACCACUUUUUCAAGACACCAAUUGAUCCGACCGACGAUCGCCCAAGAUGCUAUCCUCGUUGCCGCUUUCCAUGCUUCGAGCAGGAGGAGUCUAUUACCCCCAGGACCACAGGUGAUUAAGGGAUCUGUAAACGACCCAGCACCCGUCCCCGACCCGCAUCCAACCCACGGCUCCUACCACUGGACCUUCGAGCGCCUCGUCGCCGUCGGCAUCAUCCCUUUAACCGUCGCGCCCUUCGCCGGAUCCUCACUCAACCCCGGUCUCGACGCAAUCCUCUGCUCCCUACUCCUCGUCCACUGCCAUCUCGGUUUCCAAUCCGUACUCAUCGACUACAUCCCUAUCAGCCGAUUCCCUAAGUCCCGCAAAGCUUCCAUGUGGCUCCUGAACGCUGUGACUGCCCUCGUUGGAGUCGGUCUGUAUGAAUUCGAGACCAACGAUGUUGGUGUAACAGAGGCUGUGAAGAGGGUCUGGAAGGCGUAGAUCAGAGGGGUAGAGGGGUUGAAGAGCAUGGAUUAGACAUUGCGACGAGGAUCGCACAGAGACGAAUGCAUUAGUGAGGAGAGAAACCGCAGGGGAGGUGAAGAGCAACAAGAUGAUGUAUGAAGCUACAUGGCGUACAGUCAUGAAUUCCUUUGUAUCGGAUGAAGCUUGUCAGUUGAGAAAUACCUCGGGCUAGACUUCGAAAGAGAGCAAAUUAUUGUUGCUCCUGUUUGUAUCCAUACGGCCAUUAAAUAUAUAUAACGAUACUUCAA